GUCUGACUUGCUUGAGAUAAUUAUGCCCUGUACAAAAACAUGCGGAAAGUAACACCGCAUGACUGAGCACUUUAGCCCUAGACAAGACUGCAACUUCUUUCUGUAAGCUUCCGGGGUUGUAAUGCCGCUGGCAACAGUUUCGAAAGAGAUUCCCCUUGUUCUGUUUGUUUAUUUAUUUAUUUAUUUAUUCAAUUUAUACCCCGCGCAUCUAGACUGAAGUCUACUCUGGGCGGCUUUUCUUAUUGCUUUUCUUUGAGAAAAGCUGGUAUGCAGGCAAACUAAAAGAUCUGGCAGGUGCUCCUAAACAUUUGCCUUUCCUGUGAAGAAGGGGAGCUCUCUCCUUGUUUCGAUGAGUAUGGCCCUCCCUUGUUCCUCCUGCUGCUGCUGCUGUCCCUGGAUCUCAUUUCCUUCGAGAGAGAGAGAACCUCUCAAUACACAGUGGUCAAGCCAAUCUCAUCAAGGCAUCGAAAGGGCUCACAUUAACAAAGAGAAACCCCUCAAAAUGAAACGGGUCAACAUGCCUAAGAUUGACACCCUGUUCACCAACAUUGCAGAGACAUUUAACAAGCAGCAAGGUGAUUGCUUGGCUCUCCGGGAAGCCAUCCAGGGCCUGAAAGAGACCUUUUGCUGCUCACCUGCAAGCAGUCUGUCUGUAUGCAUAGAGAAGAUACAGCAGGAGCACCGUGCUUGCAAUGUGCAGGUGCAGAUGGAGGGAUACAGAUUCUGGCUGGCCAUGAGAGAGAAGGACGUUCCUGAGAAACUGAAGUGGGCUCAGCAGCAGGUGGGGGAACUGAACCGUGCCACCUUAGGAGUCAUCAGUGUAGAAACUAAACUCCAGGAAAUGAUCCAGUCUGUGCUUCAAAGCCAGGACAAGUUGAUGGAGAAAGUAAAAGCUGCAAAUCCUGAAUACCUAGACCAGAUCCGGGUCGAGGGAAACCUGCAAGAAAACAUACAGGAAAUGUGUUUGGCUCAACAGUUCUUGAAGCAGUAUACAGAAGAAGCCAAAAAUGUCCUUAAAGAAAUGUCCAACUCAGUAGGUUUUACCUUGUAAAAAGGGAUGAAGAUGAACAUGUUUUAAGGGUGCUUUCUACAGUGAUGAAUUAAGGCACUAGUGACAGAAGGCUCUUUAGGUUAUAGUUUUACUGCACAGAUUACACAGAAAUUGAACCUGACUGUAAGAUUUCUGUAAGUGUAAAGUGAUACAACCACAUGCCGGAAAAGUAGACAAAUUAUUAUCAUGUGACAAAUAGACUUCAGUGGUCUAUAAGUGGCAAGAAUUCAGUGCUAUUGCUAUUAGGUGGCUGCCAUUUUUCUCUUUAUACUGUAUCUGUCUUUAAAAUGAAGAAGAUAGCUACAGACUUUGUUUUCCUCUGAAUUCUUCUGAAUUCAUAAAGGACAGCCAACCCUAUCUUACUGGGCCAAUGAGAACACUCGCCAGAGUGCCAGCUUGGAAAAGGAGUAGUUUGUGCCCAGGAGGUGUGAUAAAAAGAAGUUUGUUCUCAUUGUUAUCUUGAGUCUAAUUCAGCAUCUCAUUUCUAAAAACAUGUCUGGGUAAGACAGGCCAAAUAAAAGCUUGAACAUAAUGCAGAUGUACAUGAGCUCACAUUUUUUAGUGCGCCCAACAAGGGAGGGCUGUACUUUCAGGUAAAAGUCUGAGAUUCUUUGUCCCUGGUUCAUUGUCUCUGCCCUGUCCUUAACUCUACUGUAUCAAGCUUACUCUUACUGUUUAUUGUAUUGCUACAGGUUAUCUAGGACUCACCAAAAGACCUAAAGAAGGAAGGCUCUGUUUGAAGUUCUGUGUGUUUACUGCCACCAGUAAUACUCUUAGGAAUAUGUAUAUUUAUGCAUAUAUAAAUUAGGAAACUAUGCAUCAGAUGCACUUGGCACUUUUCCAUUCCGCCUUUUCCUACACUAUGAACGUUGCUGUCACUUCCAACAUAUGGUAAAAGGUAA